AUGCCGUCCCGCCGGUGGAUAUCCAAUGAUGCCAAGUCCUGCUUUGACCGCAUUGUCCACUGGGUGGCAAUCAUUAGCCUGAUGCGCUUUGGGAUUCAAUGGCGUACCCUUCGCUCCAUGUUUGUCACCCUGAUGAAGUCUAAACACCGGGUGCGUACGGGGUUUGGUGAUUCCGACCGUGUCUUUACUCCUCCGACCCUGAUCCCAUUCCAAGGAUGUGGACAAGGCAAUGGGGCAGGACCUCCUGUCUGGGUGGCAAUUAGCUCCAUUCUCUUGGGGAUGAUGAUUAGCAAAGGCUUUGGCUUUGACUUUCUUAUGUCAAUAUCUUGGGCUCCGCUCUUGGCCGAUUGCUUUUGUUUUGUCGAUGACACUGAUGUCUGCCAAGCUGCACCAUCUCCUGACCAGUCUGGGGAAUCUAUUGUCCCAGCGGUGGCCAAAGCACUGCAAUGGUGGUCCAACGGCGUCCGCCUUACUGGUGGCGCCAUCCGACCAGAUAAAUCCUUUUGGUAUCUGAUUGACUUCAAGCAUGUCGGAAUUGCGGUUGAAUUGGAUGAUCUGGAUGGCACCUCUGUGCAUCUAAAGUGGCUCGAAGCGGAUGAAUUGGCCAAGACGUUGGGUAUUCUGAUGUCCCCCUGCUCCAACAGUAAAGCUCAACUCGUGGUUAUGCAAGGGAAGGCAAAAGCAUGGGCGGACCAGAUCCAACCUAGUUUCCUCCAACAAUAUGAUGUCCUUCCUCUCCUUUGCACCACAAUCCAGAAGACUUUGGAGUACCCAAUGGCGCUCACCUUCUUCUCUCCACAGGAGUGGGACCAGAUACUAUCCCCAGUGCUCCGGGCGUCACUGCCCAAGGCUGGUAUCUGCCGCAACUUUCCUCGUGCUAUGGUCUACGCCCCCAUUGCACUCCAGGGAGUGGGUGUUCCCCAUCCGUACGGCCUCCAAGUCAUCAAGCACUUGGACAUGCUACUUCGCCAUCCGGCUAACCAGACCAAAACGGGCGCCUUCUUGGAGGCAGUCCUCCAGGCACAUCAGCUCAAGACCGGUACCUCCUAUGGCCUCUUCCAACAAGUCUAUUCCAACACCUCCAUCCUGGCCUCUGAUAUGUGGGCCAAGCGGACCUGGAGUGAACUUGAUUCUCUCUCCAUACAUCUGGAGUUUGAUUCUCCCUCCCUCCAACCAAUGCGCCAAGGGGAUCAACUGUUAGUGGACUUGUUCAUUGACUCUUUGGUGGAUCAGCAUACAUUGAAAUGGCUCAACUGGUGUCGGAUCUUCCUUCACGCUGUCACUCUCUCCGAUAUUGUGAAUGCUGAAGGGACAGCGAUCACUCUGGACGCAUGGAAAGGGAUACGAGCAGAUUACCUUGCUGACAGGUACCAAUGGCCCCGUACUGCUCGUCCGUCUAAUCAGUGGUGGACUAUGUGGCAGCAAUGGAUUUCUACUCACCUGACAGGCCACUCCAACCGACGCCGCCUCAGCUCCCCGUUAGGCCUGUGGCACUCAGCUGACUUGUCCUGGAAGUGGCAAUACUCCCCCUCUACCAAUACCCUGUUCCACCACGAGGGUCAGAUAUGGAUCCCAUCUGAGCCUACUUCCUCCACCAGCCGCCAGCGCACCUUCUACUUGCCUCGCCACUUCAACCUUGAUCUCCCACCUCUACCAGUGAACACUGUCCGCGCCUUGGUCUCUGUCUUCUCUAGCCGGUCUCCAAGCCACAAGAGCCGGGUCCUCCUCCACUCUACUGGCCCACACCAACCAGCCGAAACACCUCACCAACCCGCCGAAACACCUGCCCCCCAUCUUCCAUCCUUGAUCUUUGGCACCAAUUUGGCAGUCUGGCUGAGUCAGGUUCUCACGGCUGGGUUCCAGAGGAAUAUCAUCUGGAUCACCUGCCAAACCCCUGGAAAAUUUGAGGAUCAGAGUUCAACGCGAAGCGAAUUGAUUGGCCUUAUGGCUUCUCUCCUGGUGCUGGAAUGGAUGGCUCAGCUUGCCCAACUGAAGCUCUUUGCCAGCCAACCUUUGGUCGAGAUGGCCUGCGACGGCCUCAUCGCCCUGGAUAAGUCCUUCUCAGAAGCACAUCUGUCCUUGUCUGGCGCGCAGUUUGACUUGGCCUCCACCAUCCGGGCCUUGCUUUGCCACCUUCCUCUCCAAGUUCAUCGGCAUCAUGUCAAGGGCUCACAUCAUGGAGCUGGUCUCUCUUCCUGCCCUUCAUAUUGGUCCUCCAAGGACCGCCUCUCCGAGCAGUCCAUCCGUGAGGUCGAUUGGUUGUCUCUGGCACGCGCCAUGAAAGCCCUCCCGGCCAAUCUUCAACGCUGGACACCCAAGCAUAUCUCCGGUAUGACAGGGGUGGGAAAAUUCUUGGCCAUUUGGAAGCGUUCGGCAACGAGCUCUUGCCCCAGAUGCUCCUCCUGCCCGGUGGAAGACCACCUCCAUGUCCCACGCUGUUCUGCUCCUACUGCAGCUGCAGAAUGGUCGAAACGCCAUCUUGCCUUCCGGACCUGGAUGCAGACCCAGCAGACCGCCCCAGAGAUCGAAGCCUUCCUCUUUGAGUACCUGAAGACGGUCCGCCAGCCUACCCUGGGAGUUCCCAAUGUCCGAGCCUGGUCUUGCCAGCCUCAUCUCUUCCAACGUGCAAUCUCCUCCCAAGCCAAGCUUGGGGCCCAGGGCCUCCUUGAGGGCCUAGUGUCCCCCAAAUGGAGACAUCUGCAGGCCCUUCACUUCUCCUACAUCGGCUCCAAGAAGUCCGCCAACCUUUGGGCUUCCCGCCUGAUCCAACAACUGAUCCGGAUCGGGCACUACAUGUGGAAAGACCGCAACCGGCUUGCCCACUCUGAAGACAGCUCCUGGUAA